AUGUACCACCCUCGGGCAAAUGGUUUGGCUGAAGCUUUCAACAAGACUCUUUGCAGUGUUUUGAGGAAGUCAGUGUCCAGCACAAAGAAAAAUUGGCACGAGAAGCUUCCCGAGGCCCUGUGGGCUUAUCGCACCCUCACCCGAAGUGCUUCUGACUCUACUCCCUAUUCAUUGGUCUAUGGAAGUGAAGCGGUAAUACCCCUCGAGAUUCAACUCCCUUCAUUGUGCAUUGCCAUAUAUCAGACUAUGAUUGAAGAUGAACAGGUUAAGCUUUGCUACCAAGAGUUAGAUGCGCUUGAUGAGAAUAGAUUCGAAGCCAAGCAGAACCUUGAACUCCAUCGAGGGAGGAUGAAGAGGGAUUUUGACGAAUCAAUCAAAGUUUGUUCAUUCACUUGUGGUUAUUUAGUCCUAGCAGUAAAACGACCGAUCGUUAUGCAUGGGCGACGUAAGGCGAAGUUUGAGCCAAAGUGGAGGGCCCUUUCGUGA